CUGGUCAUGUUUCUGGAGAAUAUAACGGGAAGCACGCAAAUAGCUGUUGCCUGGAAUGGAAACAGUGCAUUUGGAUAGUUUAUAUAUUCGUUUUGACCUGGUGAUUCAAUAAUGGCACAUGUAUUGUACUAUGCAGUGAUUGCACUAACAGUAUCAACAGUGAUGUCGUCAAUGUGCCCAAAGUCAAUGAUGUCAUGUGACUGCAGAAAUGAUAAUAAGUGGUCAGAAACAAAUGAAGAUGGAUUGCUAUUGGUUGACUGCUUUGGUGACGUCGAUAAUCUACAAGAUGAAUUAAAUGUCUAUGCAAAUAAAUCCAUUCGAAAACUUUUGAUAGAAAACACAACGGCAACACAUAUGACUGCCGAAAUUUUCAGCGAUUUAAAGAUUGGAAUUUUGACAAUCAAGAAUCAAGUUACUAAAAUUGAAAGCGAUACAUUUAAACCGAUUUCAGACACACUGACAAGUUUACGACUCUUAGGCGUCAACAUUUCAAAAAGUUGGAAAUUAGAUUUUCUUCAAGAUCUUAACAUAGAAUCAUUGUACCUAGACAGAAAUGGAUUAUAUCCAGAACAUUUCCCUGAUUUCGUGUUCGCAAAUUUCAGUUUAAAUUCUUUAAAACUAUUAUCAUUAAGACACUGCAAAAUCGUUGAAAUAAUGGAGGAUGCUUUUCUUGGACUAGAUGGAUUGGAAACACUGGAUCUGACACAUAAUAACAUACCAAAAGUGGCAAAGUGGUUAUUACGACUGACAAAUUUGAAGAAGAUUAAUCUAUCAUACAACCACCGGCUUAUUUACAUCGGUGACUACGCAUUUAAAACUCUCUCCAAACUUGAGGAGAUUGAUUUAAGCCACACGGGAAUUAAUGCGAUCCUUGAGUUUGCCUUUGUUGGUCUUGAAAAUAGCUUGCAGAGUUUACAAUUACACCAUGCCGAAUUGCAGCAUGGACAUUUUAGCACCAUGAAAAAAUUGCGAAAACUGAAACGUCUUGAUAUUUCAUAUAAUCAGAUUGUUGAAAUGCACAAUACAUCGUUUAUAGGUUUUGCUUCUCUCGAAGAACUGGACAUAAGUGGUCAAAGGGAGAUUCAUUUAAGGACAGUGGAAACUGUGAAUUUUGUCGACUCAGUCUUUCGGGGAUUGGAGCGGAAAUUAAAAGUCCUCAAAAUACGUGAUCUUAUGAUGACUUCACUUCCCCUCGCAGCUCUGUCGUCUUUGCAUUCACUGCAAGAAAUCGAUGCAUCGGAGAAUGAGUUUACUGAAAUAUAUGAAGACUUCUUUUACGGAGUGAAAGCUAGAGUUAUUCACCUAACAAAUAUGCAAAUUAACGAAAUUUCACCCGACGCGUUUAUUGGAUUUAAACUCGGAGCAGAGGUAAAUUUUGACAACAAUGAAAUAAGCAAUAUUUCUUUUGUAUUGAACACUCAGAGAUGUCAGUUUCGUAAACUAUCAUUUAUCAAUAAUCCUAUUUCUUGUGAUUGCGACGUGGUUAAAAUCGCGUCAACCAAUCGUGUGUCAGAUUUGAGUGGCACAUGUGCAGAUGGAUACUUCAAGAGAGAAAAUUUGGCACAUGUUCAUGAACUUCCGUUGGCUUUUAACAUUUGUGAUACGACCGACUAUAGAAACAUAAGUAAUUGCAAAUACAUGGUAUCAAAUAGCUCGCAGAAAUCAAUAAUUGAUUCUAGGCUUUAUUGCGCAUUGUUGCUGUUGUUAUUAAUCAAUUUUAAAUGAAUGAGUUCAAAUGUCAUAAAGUUGUCGACUUGACAAUUAUCAAUGCAGCAAACGUGGAAAUGAUGCGAUGAAAUGCAUAUAAUAUAUUUAACAAUGAUACCAUGAAAUAUUUGUUUUGUUAUAUGGUAUGUGUGAUUGAUUCUGAUAUCGUAGAAGUUUAUACAUAAUAAUUGCUCAUUGUGGUCGUAUGACAUUGUACAUAUGUAUAAACAUGUUUUAAAAUUUAUGUUUCAAAUAAUUGAACGUUUAAAUUAUUAAAAAUGUCAGUCAAUAGUGUUUGAAAUAAUUUUGUUACACAUAUUUCG